GCUGGUCGUUCAAAGCAAUACUUAUCAUGACCAACGCACAGACAAAGCAACGUCAUUCACUGGAAGGGAAAGAUACCCUCCGCGCGACAGACUUUACGGACAAAUCGUCCCAGUUCAACCAGGGUAUUGUUGAUGGUCGACCAGAGGGUCGCCAGCCCCCACCCGCUAGUGUUGUGCUAGACACAGUCGUUGACCCUAACGCAUCCACGGAUGACCCAACGCUGCAGAAUCCAUCUGCAUCGAGCACGCUGACCGGUGCAACUUCGAAGGACGUCUACCACGGGUUGGGAAUGCCUGUGCAAGGAAUGUCAAGCCAAGAAGCCCACCAUGAUGGUCAGCCAGGCAGGAAGCGCCGUCGAGAAGGAGUGGAACAAUUCGGCCAUGGAGAGAUAUAUAACGCGCAUAGGGAAACGGGGACGCGCAAAGUAGAUGGGGAGAGUGAGAGACGAUUCGUUGCGUCGAAAAACGAACUUCAGGGGGAGGUCUAGAUAUUUACCCUGUAACAAAGCAAUUC